UUAAUUGAAAGAAAUACAGAAGCUAGGAGUACUAGUUCACUGUUCAGAGUCGAGACAAGAAAAUCCAGUAGUAGCCAAACUUGUGCGCAACUGGAACCGUCAUAACCACCGUCAAAGCCAAGCUCCGCCGUUCCUCUCACCGGAUAACUCACCAGCACCACCCGUUGCUAUGUUUCUUGUAUCUUUUACUUGCAGUAAUAUUCCUCAAACACUGCAAUUCUCAAAACCCUCAAAGAUGAAAACUUUCUCCUCAAUUCAACCACCCCAUCAUUUCCAUUCCACAUCGUUUUUCUCUUCCACUCCCAGGACUCAAGUUUCUUUUUCUGGAAGGGUCUUCUUUUGUCAGGCAAAAUCUGGAACAAACGAGUUGUUAAACGUAAAAUUGUUGUCUCCAACCCUAUUAGUAGCAGAAAAAGAAGAAGCCAAAGCUGUAUUGACCUUGUUUUUGAAGAAACAAGGGUUGAGCAAUGCGAAGGCGACAAAAACCAUUAACAGAUCAGAUCCUUUUAUUGAUCACCUUAUCUCAAAGCUUCACUCGAAGCACAAAACUUGGUACCUUUCAGGGAGAGAACUUACAACUCUUGAAAUCAGGGAUGUACUUAUCUCUUAUCUUGAAACGCUUUUCGAAGAGCACGGACAUAUGCUAGUGGAUAUAGUGGAAAGCUAUCCAAACCCACCAGUUAAGGUUAAAUCAGCCGUACCGACUCCCCUUCCUAAUCCUAGUCUGGCGGUAGAGUCCAAGAAACUUAAAGUCGUGUCUCAAGUGAGUGGGCUAGACCCUGCUACGGGAAAUCUUCGUCCUCAUGUUGUUUAUCUCAUGCAACUCGGAAUGGAAAUUGACCAGAUUAGGACUAUUAUACGGAAGUUCCCAGCUUUCGCAAACUAUAGCUUGGAUGGUAAAAUUAAGCCGGUGGUCGAGUUUUUUCUUGAACUGGGAGUGCCACAAGAAAAAAUUCUUAUUAUCCUCAUGAAAAGGCCUCAGUUAUGUGGAAUCAGUCUAUCUGAAAAUCUUAAGCCGACAAUGAAAUUCUUCGAAACUUUGGGUGUUGACAAGAAGGAAUGGGCGAAGGUGAUCUACCGCUCCCCGGCCUUGCUAACUUAUAGCAGGCAGAAGAUUAAGGAAAGUAUAGAUUUUCUCCUUGAAUUAGGCAUCUCAGAAGAGAGCAUUGGUAAGAUCUUAACUCGCUGCCCUAGUAUUGUUAGUUACAGUGUAGAGGACAAUCUCCGGCCAAAAGUAAAAUACUUUCAUUCCUUGGGGGUUGAUGUUGGCCUUCUUCUAUUCAAGUGUCCACAAAAUUUUGGUCUUAGUAUUGAGGCUAAUAUAAAGCCCGUAACCGAAUUUUUCUUGGAGAGGGGAUACUCUUUGGAAGAAAUUGGGACUAUGAUUUCGAGAUAUGGAGCAUUGUACACUUUCAGCUUGACCGGUAAUUUGAUGCCAAAAUGGGAUUUCUUUUUGACUAUGGAUUACCCUAAAUCUGAGCUGGUUAAAUUCCCUCACUUUUUUGGAUACAGUUUAGAAAAAAGGAUUAAACCGAGAUAUGCGAGAUAUGCACUCCUGAAAAGUUAUGGGGUGAAAUUAUUGCUGAAUCAGGUUCUUUCACUAUCAAGCAGUAAGUUUGAAGAGGUUAUUAAAAAGAAAAUGAAGAAACUGCAAAAUGAAAAAAAUGAAGAGACUGUAAAAUGAAGAAAAUGAAGGUUGUUCAAUCAGAUAACUAUAAUUGAGACUUUCAGGCGAUGUUUCAGGUCAGAAGAUUGUCAUGACUGCUUUGUUUUAUGGAUCAACGACAUUACAAAUUACAACUUUUAAUUCAUAUAUGAAGCGAAAAGUUGUAGUUACAACUGGAACAUGCCAUUACAAAUUACAACUUCGGAACAUGCUAGCACCUGCAAUCAAUUAUGUUUUGCAGGGUUUCGGCACGAAUAACACUAGUCAGCUCUACUUACAAGUUGUUAUGGUAUAUGUGAUUGUGUUGAGUUAUAUAGUAAUUAGAGUAUUUCUUGUGUACUUUGUAAAAAAGGUCAUUAGAGUCUUCAAAAUGCAUUAGUUGUGUUUGCAAGAAA